GAUUAUUUGCCUAGAAUAUCACCGUUAUCUUCCCAACAGUUGAUAUGCAAGGACGGGUCGAGAUUCUGGCUCUCCACCUAUCUCGCGCACUUCACCUACAGGCAACGCGACUGCCACUACUGCUACCACCAUUAUCCCCAAGGUGCAUGCUGCAUGUACGUCCAUCUUAUCGGCAUGCCCAUGACUUAGUGUGUCAAUGAGAAUCACAGCUUGGCGCGGCGUCCGCUGCAUGCCAAGGGCUUCCAAGACGAUGGUCUCACCUCUCGCUGAAUUGAACCACCUUCCUGCCUCGGAACCAUGCAGAUCUUAGGUGAGCAUCGCCGAACUGGCAUCGGAUUGGAUCAGAAAAGGGCGAUCAUCUCCGUGAGGAUAACUCAUCCAGUGCUGUGCAACAUCAACUAUCAGGAGCAGAAGGGAAGAUCUUAUCGCGCGCUGGCGUGGCUGUACUGUUUUGUCCAUGCUCCGCGAUACCACAGGGCGCCCUCGUCGAUGUAUGUAGAACUGGCGAAGACGCUAUCACGCCACCAUCCGCUCAGAAGCGAGGAUUCCAGGCAAGGAAGGACAAGCGCCGGUCGAGGAACCAUGUCUGGUGCGACCAUCCAUCACGGCACUAUUUCCUACGAAGCUUAUCAAGAUUGUGCCGGGCAUGCUUGCAACGAACAAGAGUGCGACGAUCCGCAUAGUGAUUGGCCAGCGAUCCUUCAAGAAAGCAAACCCUGCCUUAACCCUAUCUGUUUAAUUGUCGUCCGAUGCAGAGAGAAGACGCAUGGAAGACUCUCGACGAUUCACUUGCACCUCUCGACAUCGUAACAGGAUGUUGUUCGGUUAAAGUGACUCGCAUCUGAUGUAAGACGGCUCUGGAGCGACUUCCUACGCCCUGACGCCAUUCGUUUGGGUCAAACGCGACCGUGGGCUUAUACUUUCGAUUGCCCAUAUGUCCAAGUCCGACCACAGGAUCGGCAAUGG